AUGUGUUCUUACAAGGUCCCCGAGAAAGCUGCAAAAUUAGCAUGGAUUGUGAGGUCAAACCCCAUGGUCCAUUGGUGGUUCAGAAUCUUGAUGAUGGGCGCUUUUCUUGCUGUUCUGAUUUUCUGGGGGUUUGAUGGGUUAAAUAUGGAGAAUCUGCCAAAGGAUUUCGUCGUCUUUCAUCUCAACAACCCUCAGAUUUCCUCACAACCCCAUAAAGAUCCAAACUUUACCAAGCCUCCCCAAUUGGGAGAACCUCAGCAGGCAAAUUCCAGCCAAACCCAUGUUAAUCUUGAUUCCUGUUUUGCCCCAUCUUCACAGAACGCCUCGAGUUCCAGCUCCGAGGUUCGGUCCGAUUCGACCUUCAUUGUCCCCUGGGUCUCGGUCGAGCUCGAGCCAAACUACUCGUCCAGUCUCCUCGCGAGAUGGCUGACCCCAGGUGGCGACCAUUGCCGGGACUCGAAAACCGUCGACAUACGGAUCUCCAAAAUCGAUGGCGAAAGCAGAGAAAUCGAGCUAUCGACAGGGGAUGUGCACGAGUUCAGUUUCCAGGCUCUGGAUGAUUUGGGCUCCCCACAUUGUUUGGGAGGGGACUAUUUCGAAAUCGACCUCUCGGGCGAAAAAUGGAAGUCCCGGCCACCGAUCAAGGAUUUAGGGAACGGGACCUACACGUUUUCCCUCCAAGUCCACCCUAACUUCCCAGGGGAAUACAAUCUGACCAUAAUCCUUUUAUUCCGAAGCUACGAGGGCCUGAAAUUCUCUCCUGCGCGCUUUGCGUUCGACCGGACACUCCGCGUGGUCCCAAUCAGAUUCCGGACAUCCCAAUCCCUCCUGCCUGGAAUUAAAAAAUGCGAUAAAAAAUCCGAUUUUUCAAGGGACAUAUGGUCGGGCAGGUGGACCCGACAUGCCAAGAACGACAGCUGCAUGAUCGAGAAUGACGGGAGGUACAGAUGCCAGGUGUCGAAUUUCCCCUGCCAGAAGCCCUGGUGCUGGGGCCCGUUGGGCCUAUUGGAGAGCAAUGGGUGGGUUUACUCUGCCCAUUGCUCGUUUGGGCUGUUUUCAGGUCACGAGGCCUGGGAUUGUCUGGCCGGCAGGUGGAUUUUCUGGUGGGGAGACUCGAACCAUUGUGACACAAUUCGGAACCUACUCAAUUUCGUGCUGGGCGUGCACGAUGUGGCGGCGGUGCCGAGAAUAUUCGACAGAAAUAUCACAAACCCAUCAAACCAGGCCCAGACGGUCCGGUUUACGAGCAUCUUCAAUGGGCACCCGAACGAUACGGGCAACUACCAGGGCCUGAACUCGUUAAUCAAUCCCGAGUAUAGAAAUUUGAUCAAAGGCUAUUUCUCGGGCGAUGUGGUCCCGGAUACGGUUAUUAUGAACUCAGGUCUGCACGACGGGGUUUUCUGGCCCAAUAUCCGGGGUUUUGUGAAGGGGGCAGAUUUCACGGCCGCCUUUUGGGCUGAGGUUGUGGGAGGGGUUAGGGAGAGAGGGCUCGUUGUGCCCGAGAUUAUAUACCGGACUACAGUGGCAACGGGAGGGUAUGCAAGGAAAUUGGCGUUCAAUCCCGCGAAAAUGGAGGCUUUUAAUGGGGUGGUGCUGGAUAAGAUGAGGGCUCACGGGGUGCUCGAUCGGGUUGUCGAUGAUUUCGACAUGACGUACCCGUGGCAUUAUGAUAACCGGUGUAACGACGGGGUCCACUACGGGCGGGCCCCCCUAAAAAUGAGGUGGAAGGACGGUCUGAUCGGGCACCAGUACUUCGUCGACCUCAUGCUCUGUCAUGUGUUAAUGAACGCGCUGUGUGUGAGGUGA